UCCGUUUUUCCAUGUCAUUUCCUGUAAUAAAAAAAAGAUGGUGGUCAAAGCUGCAAGAAGCAGCUGACUCGGUAGAAAAGAUGUGAGGAGCUAAAAGUUUGGCUCUCGCUGAGACUAGUUUAAUUAGCUGGUGGUCGAUGUGGGUGUCGUCGCAGCUGAUGCAGAGGAGGGAAAGUCAAGAGCUCCGGACGGACUGCGUCUUCUGCACAAGUUGUAUGAUGUUUGAAUGAAGAUAGCCAGGGUUUGACCCUCCAUCCUGCACCAGUCAUGGCGGACUCCGUCGACUUUCACACUGAGCCAUGUAUGGAAACUGAGCCAGAAUGCAGCACAGGUGCCGUUACUGAUGGAUCUGAGGAGCCCAAAGAGAAGAAAGUCAAUCAUGAGCGUUGUGUGAAUGUGGGACAAUGGAAGGCUGACUGCUGGUUCUGUGAGGAAUGUAAGGAGUAUUUCCUAGAGGAAUGUCUAGUCCAUGGUCCCCCUGUGUUUGUGCCUGAUACACCCACUGCGCUUGGAGUGCCUGACCGUGCAGCUCUCACUGUGCCUUCGGGGAUUCAGAUCGUAAGGAAAGGCCAGGAUGUGGAUGUGUGUUGCAUGGAUGAGAAUAUCCCAAAGGGAGCUUUGUUUGGCCCCUAUCAAGGCCAACUCAUAGGAGCCCACGACAAACCGUCAGGAACAUAUUCAUGGAUGAUUUUUGAUGAGGAUAACACCUACAGAACUAUUGAUGGCUGUGAUGAGACUACAGCAAACUGGAUGAGAUACAUCCGGAUGUCUUCUGAGGAGGGUAAGAGAAACUUGAGUGCGUUCCAGCAUGGUGAGCGUAUUUACUUUCGCGUGUGUCGCAGACUGUCGGCCGGGGAGAAGCUUCGUGUGUGGUACAGCGAUGAAUACGCAAAACAUCUACAGAGUAUAUCCCUGGACAAUACCAACCGUAAACCGGACACAGCCCCGAAUUCAGAAGACAUCACCCAACACCAAGAAGAAACUAAAGGCCCACUUCUACGCUCAACUUUACAUGGAAGGAGAACCCUCAUAAAACAUGGGAGUGAUGAGGCAGAUAGCCAGCCUCAAGUGAAGAAGAAAAAAAUCGAUCUCAUUUUCAAAGAUGUUGUAGAAGCAUCACUGGAAGCAAGCCAAAGCCAGGACAAUCCACUAAACAGCACUCUAUCAUUAUCAAGACCAAGAAUGCAAGUCAGCAAUGUCCUCAGCCAAUCUGGUCCAUUUUCACCAAACCCAGUGGAGACAAUCAUGGGGCAGACUGAGAGAAAAAUGCCCCUUGUAGGCUGUGGACUUCUGCCUGUGAAGCAGCUAGAGAGCAGUCUUGAAAGAUAUGUGAAAGUAGAAGAUGCACAGGAGGAGCCCACAGUAAUUAGUGAAGCCCCAUCUACAUCUUUUUGCCCAAAUUGUGUUAGACUGAAGAGACGAAUACGUGAACUAGAAGCUGAGCUUCUUCAUUUUAAACAACAAGAGCAGGCCGAGACAUUGGGCUUACCUCCAUCCGAAUCCUUGCCAAGCGAUGAUCUGAGAGUGGUAGAGGCUAUGACUCCCAUUCCAGUUGGAAUAGAGGAGGAUGACCAGGAUGUGGACUCUGCAGAUGAAUCCAUAACGGCUGACAUGAUAGUAGCUGCCGACGACUCCUCAAAACUGUCUGUUAGCCCAGGUCGACGAAUCCGGCGCUUUAAACAAGAGUGGCUAAAGAAAUUCUGGUUCCUGCGUUAUUCUCCAACGUUGAACGAGAUGUGGUGCCACGUGUGCCGACAGUAUACCGUACAGUCUUCGAGGACUUCUGCUUUCAUUAUCGGCUCCAAGCAGUUCAAAAUCCACACCAUCAAGCUUCAUAGCCAGAGCAAUCUCCACAAGAAAUGUCUGCAGUUGUACAAGCUACGCAUGCAUCCUGAGAAGACAGAAGAGAUGUGUCGGAACAUGAUGACACUGUUCAAUGCUGCUUACCAUCUUGCGGUUGAAGGACGGCCGUAUUGUGACAUCCGGCCCUUAGCAGAGCUGUUAAAAAAGUGUGAACUUAAGGUAGUAGAUCAGUACAUGAACGAGAGCGACUGCCAGAUUCUUAUUCAUCACAUUUCUCGAGCGUUUAAAGAGGACUUGGUAGAGAAGAUCCGUCUCUCACCUUUUCUUGGCGUAAUCAUGGAUGGCCAGAAUGAUGAUUUGUUAGCAGACACGGUUGCGGUUUAUGUGCAGUUCAUCACCACAGAAGGCCCACCCGCUACUGAAUUUGUCUCUUUACAGAGACUGAGUGGUAGCAGUGUAGAUGGAUACCUUCAAGCUAUUGACCGUGCCUUUGGUAUCCUAGGUCUGCGUCUACAGGACAUGCUCAUGGUUGGCCUGGGAGUAGAUGGUUCCAACAUCACUUCUACCCUUCGGGCGAAUCUCUACGUAGCCAUAAGGAAGAUUUUUCCGUUUGUAUUGUGCCUACCGGUCAUGAUUCACCGUCCCCAUCUAGAGAUACUGGAUUCCAUCUGUGGGAAGGAGCUCUCGUGUUUAGACGACUUGGAGAACAACUUGAAGCAUUUGUUGAGCUUCUAUCGAUACUCCCCUCGUAUGAUGACUGAACUGAGGUCAACAGCACCGACUCUGUCUGAGGAGACAGAGUUUCUUGGGGAUAUAAGAGCAGUUCGGUGGAUCAUAGGUGAGCCCAAUGUCCUUAAUGCUCUCAUCAAGGACUAUCUCGAAGUGGUGACCCAUCUUAAAAGCAUCAGCAGUCAGACCCAGAGGGCAGAUGCAGCUGCCAUUGCUCUUUCUCUUCUGCAGUUUCUUAUGGAUUACCAGUCUGUGAAGCUUAUCUAUUUCCUUUUGGAUAUUAUUGCUAUACUGUCACGCCUUGCCUUCAACUUUCAGGGAGAUUAUCUACUAGUUUCUCAAGUAGAUGCCAAGAUUGUGGAAGCCAUUCAUGAGAUUGGUCAGCUAGUUGAUUCUCCAGGGGAGUACCUGCAAGAGUUUGAGGACAACUUUCGUGAAAGCUUCAAUGGUGUGGACCUCAAGAACCUGCGGGUGGCUGAAUCCAAGUUCCAGUCCAUCCGGGAGAAAAUCUGCCAAAAGACCCAGGGAAUUCUGGCCCAGCGUAUUGAUCAGCACAGCCAUUCGGUUGUGCAGGCUUGCAAGGUGCUUGACCUGUCCUUGUGGCCACACAGUAGGGAUGACCUCCAAACCUAUGGAGAGGAAGAGAUCCUCCUCAUCUUUGACCAUCUCGAGACAAUUCCCUUGCCAAGUCGUGAGCUGUCACAUGACCGGGUGGAUUUACGAGGAAGCCUGAUAAGAGAAUGGAGGGAUCUCAAAGCUGACUACUUCAGCAUGAAUGGCUUUAAGGACCUAAUGAGUCACGUCUGCAAAUAUAAGCAGCGCUUUCCUUUUCUCAACCAAAUCCUGCAGUUGUUGAGGGUUUUGCCAACAUCGACUGUCUGCUGCGACAAAGGACGAGAGGCUUUACACAAAGUAAGAAGGAACAACCACUCCAGACUGACUCUGGAACAGAUGAACGACCUGCUCACGUUGGCUGUUAAUGGGCCACCUAUUGCCAAUUUUGAUGGCAAGAGGCCACUAGACAGCUGGUUUGAGGAGAAGUCGGGGAAUAGUUACACACUUUCUGCAGAAGUGUUGAGCAGACUGAACACUGAACAAAAACCUGUGCUGCACUCCAUGGAUGUGAAUUCAGAAUUUUAUCCUGGUAUUUGAUUUGUACUUGCGUUUCAGCCAGUAAUAUUCCAAAAAGCCAUCUCAGUGGGCGUGAGCUGACCGGGGGCUGUUAUGUGAUUGGCCAAUAUGAUUGACAUUGGCUCUGCUGCUACAAUGGCCUGGUUAGCAAUCCUUAUUCAUACAAUUCAUAUAUAUAUAUAUA